AUGAAAGUCCACCGAUCCGUUCUCACCGGGGCCAUUCGACGCAAUCCGGCCGCAUACCAGUACCGCCACAUCCCGUCCGACCGCGCAACAAAGACGUUUGCCGAAAGCCUCAAGCACAAGCGCACCAUGUCGAGCUCUGGAACGUCGUCGUCGCCGUCGCAGGUGAAGGGGCAUGUGGUGUGGAUUAAGGGGGCGGUUAACGAAAUGGUCGGCCGCAUGUCGGGAUCAGAGAGCUGGGUGAACAGCGGGAAGGCGGAUCAGGAACAUGCGAUUGAGGAGAUGAGGGCGGCGAAGACGGAGGGCGAUGCGAAGCUGGGGCUGGAUAAGAGGGGGCCGGGCGUGCUGCAGGCGGAGGGGAAGAUGGAGGGGAUGGCGGGCAUGAUGGUGGGGUGCCAGGGGAUGAAGGAGAGGGGCGCGGUCAAGUGUGAGACGGGCAAGAGGAAGAAGUCGACGUAG